GCCGGCUGGGCGGCGAUGGCGGCGGGCGGCAAGCGGCGGGAGGGCCGCCGGGCUUAGGGCGCGGGCGGCGGAGGGGCUGAGCCGGGCCGGGUUCCCCCAGCCCCGCAUGGCGCGGGCCUGAUGCCGGAGCGCGGCCCGGCGCCGCGGCGGCGCUGCGGGAGGAGGAUGGCGGGGCUGGCGUGGAAGUGGCCACGCACCCGCCUGCCCGUGGGGGCCAGCGCCCUGGGCGUCUUCGUGCUUUGCUGGCUCUACAUCUUUCCCGUCUAUCGGCUGCCCGACGAGAAGGAGAUCGUGCAGGGGGUGCUGCUGCAGCAGGGCAAGGCGUGGAGGAGGAAUCACACUGCGGUCGCCCUGUUCAGGAAACUGCUGGAAGAAUGCUGUGACCCUGCACAACUCUUUGCUAUGACAAAGCGGAAUUCCCCAAUGGGAAAGAACCUCUGGUUUGAUGGGGAAUUUUUAUAUUCUGUUACUAUUGACAACGUGACUUACUCCCUCUUCCCACAGGCUACUCCCUUCCAGCUGCCACUGAAGAAAUGCUCUGUGGUGGGAAAUGGUGGGAUCCUGAAAAAGAGCGGCUGCGGAAAACAAAUAGAUCAAGCAGAUUUUGUGAUGCGGUGCAACCUUCCUCCUCUAUCCAGUGAAUACAGCAAGGAUGUUGGAUUGAAAACACAGCUGGUGACUGCAAAUCCCAGUAUAAUUCAGAAAAGGUUUCAGAAUCUGCUGUGGUCUCGAAAAGCAUUUGUGGAUAGUGUGAAGGUGUAUAAUCACAGCUACAUCUACAUGCCAGCGUUCUCAAUGAAGACAGGGACGGGACCCUCCCUACGUGUCUAUUACACCCUGAAGGACUUUGGUGCCAAGCAGGCGGUCCUUUUCGCCAACCCCAAUUUCCUGCGGGACAUUGGCAAGUUCUGGAAGAGCAAAGGUAUCCAUGCCAAACGUCUUUCCACGGGACUUUUCCUAGUCAGUGCCGCCCUUGGUCUGUGUGAAGAAGUAACAAUUUAUGGCUUCUGGCCAUUCUCGGUGGACCUGCAUGGGAAGUUUAUUAGCCAUCAUUACUAUGACAAUGUCCUGCCUGAUUCUGGAUUCCAUGCCAUGCCAGAGGAAUUUCUACAGCUCUGGUUUCUUCAUAAAAGUGGUGUACUGAGAAUGCAGCUAGAACCAUGUGAGGACCCUUUAUUCCAGUCUUCUGUCUGACGAUUGUAGAGUGUGUCUGGGAGAUCCAAUAGUUUUUAAUUUCAACUCUCUACAACAGAGUGUUCUGUUUUCUGUUGUUUCUUUUUAAAGGGAAAAUAAUUGUGCAUCUGCAUGGACCAUAAAAAUGUUACUUGAAGGCCAAAUGGAAUACAUCCUUAAUGUAUAGCUUUAUGGAACUGGGGUGGGGGGGAAGAGGAUCUCUCCACCGAGUCCAUUCAGCAGCAUUGUGAAAAUAAUGUCAGAAGAAGCACAGCUGAACUUUCUGGGGGAUGUUUUUAAAUGACCAAUGUAAAAAGGGCAUUAAGGCUCGGAGAGACACAGGGCCACCCACAAGCUUUUACUGGCAGUGCCAAAUAUGACUGUGUGUUCAAAAAUCCAUUUCAUUCCAGAUUGGCACCUCAUACAACUUUUUCCUUUUUUUUCCUUUCCCUCUGUUUGGGUGUGUUUGUGUGUAGGAGAGCAUGUGUGUGUUGUUGACUUUGUUUGAUCCUUUCCUUUUCUAUUCCCCCCCACUCCUUUCCUUCCCCCCCCCCAGUGGAAGAAAAAUGAAAGGCUUGAAAGACUCAGGAGCCAAGUACCAUCAGCUCCUCUGAAGACUCUUGGGAGAGUCAACGGUGCUAAGAAUCUGGUUAGAAGAAUGUCCUAGGAAUACCCUGCUACUGAGUAUGGAUAGACCUACCUAUUAUAGUUUUUAUCAGGGUAGUUUAGGUCGUUGCACUUAUGAUAAUGCUAUAUUGUGGGUAAGCGCUGGUUAAGGCAAAUUGGUCUGAAAAUUAAAAGUGUGUUAAAAAACCAGUAGUGAAGUUCAACCUGGUUUCAGUUGAUCUGCUGCAAGAUUUCAAAGAUUUCCACAGUGACUUUGGUAGUAGGGGUGGUUCCUGACCUGUUUUGCUGUACAGCCUUAGGAAUUAAUUCUGUAUUCAUUUGGAUUCCAGAUGUUCAUUGACUGUCAAGGGUAUUUGAGGUGUUCAGUAGAAUGCAGAAUGAGGUUCUUCACUUGCUUAUAUGCAGAAAAACUGCAGAAAUGAAUGUCAUUUUAAAUGAGUUGAAGCUUUGAAAACCCUUUCUCUUUGUGUGACUAGCUCUUCUGCUUGGAUUGUAACGUUAGCCUUAAAGACUUGUACUUUUCUCUCAAGACUGUCUCUGGUUAAAGGUAGUCUGAGAAAUGAAACAGCCUUUGGGAGCACUGAAAAGCUGCAUAGCCAGCAAUUAAAAAGGGAAAUGACAGGCCCUUACAUAAGGCAGCCUCUCUCCUCGCAGCAGGUGAAUUAUGUCAGUGUGUGUGUUGCACGCACACUGCUCCAGCUAGUGCAGUGCCUGAAGGACUGUUUUAUUCUGGGUUAUUACUUAGGCAGCAGAUGGUCCUAUCGUCAUGUAAGUGAGAAAUAUUUUUGUUUGUUUGCUUUGGUUUAGCACUGUAGGACAAGAAGAGAAUCACAGCUCUGUCCACAGUGCAAUUUCAGCUGCAGAAUGUUACCAUUAACUUUAAAAAUCCAGAUCAAUUUUCUCUUUCUUAUCCUUCCAUCAUUAGUAGCUGAAAUUCUAGUCAAAGUGUUGAAACAACAAGACUGUCAUCAGGUUUCCACAACAACUUCCUGUGCUGUUUUAGCUCCAAAGUGCUAGUAUUUUGGGCUGUGUGUCCCAUCAUAUGUUGACAACUCUUUGUAGACUACCAGCUGCAAGUUAUAUAGAUAUAAUUAAAAAAAAAAAAAGAAAAAAAAAAGGCAAAAUCCGUAGCUCUUCUUUGAAUAUGAAUAAUUCAACUAUCUAUCUAGGACACUGGGGGGAAAAAUAUAAUGUUUUGCUUUUUAAACCUAUUUUUCAUAAUAAAAAUCUUCUUACUAAAUAUGGAUAUUCCAAGCAUGAAAUGGGCACUGUUCCAUAGGCUUAUAGGGCUAAGCUAUAACAUGGAGAUUUGGACUAAAUAGCAUUCUAGAUAUUGUUCUCAUAAAAUCCAAAUGUGCUUCUAUAACCUAUUUAUCUUUGUUAUUUUAUUUAAAAGUACAGUCAACAUGCUGAUGGAAUGUCACUUGUUAAUUCGUUCCCUUUGUUAUGUUUUAUCUAUUUUGUUGGUCCUAGAUGAGGAAGGAUUUGAAAGUAAAAUAUUUUCUGUGCUGCUUGCCAUGGUAGAAUUUUACUGAGCUGCCUUUCUUAGAGAAGAGGAGGUGCCUGUAUGGUUUUUAUCUUAUGCAUCGAGUUUUGUAUUUUUUAGUGCUUUAGAAGUUAUAUUAUCUGUGAGAACAACAGUUGAAAUAUGAUGUGCUAAAAUAUUACUUCAGUAGGAUGCCAGCAUUUCCUUGGGGUGGGAGGGAAUGAGGAGAGUAAGGGGGAACUGCCUCUUUGCUGGACAUUUUUUUGUAUUUUUACCAAUACUUGGCUUUUUUUGACAUGUCUUGGGAAAUAAUUGGAUUAGAAGAACAAGAGAAAAACAUGUAUUUUUGUAGGAAAACUCUGUGCAGUGUUUCAUAGCAUCUGGCUUGUUCAUCUUCAGCUGGUGCCCUGGGUAUUUGAAGAUGUAUUCCCCACCUCUGUAAGACUGAGGCAGACUGAAUCUGUAGCCUGGAGUCUUUGUCCAUUCUGAUAUCUGCAGUCCUGACAUCUGCAAGGAGAUAGCUUCCAAAAAAAUCAUGGAGGUAGGAGAGACCCAGGAUAUGUGAUGUGUGACUGAUGUUGGAGAAAUUAAUAAUUCUGGUUCAGUUCACAUUUAUGUUUAGUGAAUGUAACUGCAUCUUACAAAGACAGACACAUUUAAUGGGGAAGUAAAAGUUUCAAGAUGCAAUUUUCUAGAGCUUCCAGAAAGCUGGCAGCCAAGGAAAAAAUAGAAAACAAAAUAAAGGCCUCUUUUGAGAGAGCAAAAUCUGGUUUAGCUGGCUGACUUGUCAGUCAAUGCAAACAGUGGCCAGCAAUUAGCCUUUUGCCCAGUGAGUACAAAGGGAUGUAGGAGAGAGCAAUGUAAGUGUUUUGUGGCAAGAGCAGUCACCAAAAAAAAUGGCAAAACAGCUGGGAACAUGAGAGUGGCAGCUACCUGACAAAAGUGUUGGAGUAAAUAUGCUGUGUCUGUGCUGCUGCUCAGCAUGUGGCUUGCCUUGUCUAAAUCUAGGGGAAGGAGGGGUGCCCAUGUGAAGGAUCAUCGAUGUGAAAGAGUGCAUUGCAUGCAAGGGUCUGAAGCUGUAUUCUUCUUCAGGAGGGAAGUCACACCAGGGAAUAGGAUCUUACUUCUGCUUAAAAACAGGCACAUGCAAAUCCAGGAGGCUAAAUCUUAAUUGUUAAUCAUGAGAAAUCAGCAUCUUGCAGUCACGGAAAACUUUGUUCGGAAUGGUUGUAUCUAUCCAGCAUUUACUUGCUGAUUGAUUCCAGUCCAUUAAUUGCAGUGACCUUAGUCAAAUUUCGUUGCUCAUGUUGCUACAUUUUCCUUAAAGUGAAUUUAAACCAUAAUGUUUAUUUUGUUAGUGAAAUUCUAGACACUAGAGUGUCUAUUUCCAGUGCCAGUCCCCGAAUUUGUCUGAUAGUAUGGCUAUAGCUGCACAAGUGUUUGCCAGUUUGAAAGCUACGGUAAUUAAUCUUCAAUAAAAACUGAUUGAAACUGGCCAAAUUAUUUCUUAAUGUUUCUAGUUAUUAGUUUUGUCACAGAGAUGGCAAGGUACAGAAGUUACAGAAGCACUGGAGUCAUUGCUCUGCAUAGGAAGAAAGAUAUGCCCCAUGUUUGUAAGUAGAAGAAAAGCUGUGCAUGGAAGAUAUUCCAUACUAACUACUACUCUAGAUAUCCUAUUUUUGGGGGUGCAUAUGCUUUUGACUAAAUCAAGACCAAUUUUUGAACUUGCACCAAAACUAUGUAAAACUUCUUCUUCCUGUUGAUUAUGAAGUCUUUGGAGUGCAUUCUAAAGCAGACAAGCAAAAACAGAAGCCACCAAACUAGAAUCAUAGAGAAGUGUGCAUGCUCAUGAGAAUAAAAGCAUUUAUAAUUUUGGCACAGACCUUGCUAGAAGACUAAGGACUGUCGUUCAUGAAUGUUGUAUUCUCAUAUUUUUGUUGAAAUCAAGAUACCAAGCUUGGGAUGAACCAGCUACAGAAGUCAAAGGUACAAGGCUCUUACAGUUUAACCUGUGUAGAAUAUAGAAAUAUUGGCAAUUUUGUUGACAUGACUACUUUCACUUUUUUGUCACCUUAAUAAAAAAGGUGUCAUAACAUACACUGUUGAGUUUGCACCUCUGUGGGAGCUGAAACUAAGGAAAGCAUUUUCUUUUUUAAAGUGAAUGUCUGAACAAUGGUAGUUAAUGUAAAACUCUUCCUCCAUACUUCUUCAUGGAAACCGGUUUAUUACCUGGCUCACACUCGCCUGUGAGGAGAACAGGAGUGAGGAAACUUCUGAUCUAAAACGGAGGAUAAUGAAGGAGGUGAAUGUUAUGUCACCAUUUGCUGCCUGCUCUGGUUCUUUUCUUCAGCUCAGUAGAUUAGUAAGCAUUGGAAGAAGUGCAGGUUAUAUGAAGGACAGGCAGUUCUUGAAGAGCUGGAUGAUGCUGGAAAAAAAAGGAAGAUCAAAUCAGUGGUGUAACAAAUUGGAGUGUAGCAAUUCUUUAUAAAGAUUCCUAAAGAUUCUUUAUAAAAUUCAAAGCAACUGUAAGACAUUUUCAUCUGGUAGUGACUGCAAAAAAUGGACUACCUAUGACCUACUGAUGGUUUUCUGCAAGAUGGCAUCAAAGCAAAAUUCUAUGAGGAGGUGAAACUGAUUAAACAGAAAGGAAAAUGCAGAUGAACAAAGAAUGAUGCUGAAGUCUUUCUUUCCCUUUUCUUCUGCCACUCUCCCCAAAACACAUAUUUAAAAUGGACUGACUAGCUAUUACCCUGAGUUGCCAUCUCCUUCAUGAAAUCAUAACUUGGGAUUUCUAUUAGCUGAUAACUUUCUAGUAAACAAUAUUCAUCAGACCUUGUCCAGAAAUGCCUAUGCUCUUUGGGGGUCCAUGGCUCUUUGGGGGAUACUCUUUGGGCUGUGGCCUCUCUAAUGGGACCUCUUUGAUGUCAUGUAGUUCCAUCAGAUCUUCAUCUGGGAUCAGCUAGACUUACAUUCGCGUCUCAAGAUAUUGUCCUUAAAGGAUCUCUGUUUUAUACUUCCUGAUGACCAUCCACCUUGUGGUUAGAAGUGUGAUUUAAAAAAUCAGUGAUAAGGUAGCUAAUAUACUCUGUCAUUUUGAACCAUCUUUUAAGUUUUGAUAAAUCCAGCAAGAGUUAGCUUCAAAUCAAUAAUAUCACUUCAGUUAGGUGUUGGUAAUUCUAUCACUGGAGAAGAGAAAGAGGAUGGAAGAAGCUGCAUUUUUCAAAGCAGUUGUUGCAAAAUUACUUCUGUUUCCUUGAAUUUCCAGAUUUUAUCACUUGGAAUCUAUCAGAUGUUUGACUUUUUGGUAGUUUUUGAACAGAACAAUUAAUAAAAGACGUUCAUACCUUUUUGUUAAAUAUUAGCAAACUCACUUUCGAAAGUGUAACACAAACACCAAACAGGAGGCUUAACCAAUCCUCCUUAGCUGAUGUUUCUUUGGCAGCAGUGAGAACUUAAAUAGCUAGUUAUUUCUCCCUGAUUAUUCAUUUUCUUCAGUUUUUGAUACAACAGGUUGCGUUCUAGUGUAUUCAGCCUCUUAAUGCAUAUACUUAAAAAUGAAUCUUACUCUAUCUUUUCAGCUGGAAGAAAGAAGUGCUGUUAAUUGAAAAUGGUUGUGUGGGCUCUCUUGACAAUCAGGAGAGACAGCACCUCCAGAUGGUGACUCAUGCUUUUACUGAAUAUGGGCUGCAUUCAGAGGCCUCCUCAGGACUCUGAAAAUGCUCCAGCUGUGUCUGUAAGGCUAAGCUGUGCAGAGCAGAGUAAAAGCUUAAUCUUUUUUUCCCUAGUGGUGUAUAGUUUGCUUGUGAGCAUACAGCUGUGGCUUUGUGAGGCACCCACUGAUGCUGCCCUAACCAGUGUUCAGGCUUUGUGCGGGGUGGACGAUGCUGCUCCUUGGUUGCAGAACAGGUCCUAGAUAAUAGCCCAUGGCAGGGUUGGCUUUUCCUGCUUCACAGUUAAGGGUGUUGGGCCUCUUGAUGGCAGUUCAUCCCUCUGGAGACUUGUCUGCUGCUUGCCCUGGAACACUUUAGACCCCUGGCAAUUUUCAGAAGAGCUUAUUAAACCGACAUUUUAAAAUCAUCUGAGUAGUCCCUGCUGCUAUUGAGUUAGUCAGUUUUCUUUUGGGCUGAGUGAUUAUCCUGUUUGGAUCUCUCUAAAGCAAAUGAGUAUUUGGCACUCAGACUACAUGGAAUUUACUCUGUUAUUUGGGUCCUUUACCUUCCAUGUUAAAUCUUUUAUUGUUUUAGACUGCAUUUAACUACUGUGAACGAGUCCAACGUUCAUAUAAAAAAGCAACACCACAAGUAAUUUUUCUCUGAGUUUAUGAAUAAGCUGGUGUUCAAUGAAACACUGAAGUACCUUUUUAAUAGUUCCUGUUGAUUUCUAAUUGUAUAUUCAAUGAAUUGUUUUGCUCAGAUGGGGCAUAUAGCAAAGGCGAGUUGCAUUAUUUUGUGCUUAUUGGAGGGAGCAAUUACAGAUACAUAACAUAUAUUAAGUUGAAUUCUUACCAAGAAGUUAAGGAAUCUACAUAUUCUGCAAGAAGCUUUUUUGUGGUAAUAAAGGAAACAUUUUCACUGAAAAUAGAUGCACAGCAGAAAAUAGAUUUUGAUUAGAACAGCAUAAUCUGUAAUACUGAGACCUAUGUGCAAGUCCCUGCUUGGAUGUCUUCAACCAGGAUCUCAGUGUGCUGGAGAGUGCCAUAAUAGCAACUUCUUUUACUUCUCCGCAUGUAAUAAUUUUCAUAGGAAAUGCUUGAAUGCUUUUUUGUAAUCCCUACAUGUGCUGAAAAUAAGCAUUCCUUUUCUUCAGGAGCACAAGUUUUCUUUUUGGGUACCCAUAGCUUUUGGUAUGCAGAGGAGAGCUGACAGAAGAUGACUGGUUUUCAGGAGAACACUGUUUCAGAGUAGUCUGGCAGGGCUUCUGCAAACAUGCGAGUUGAUUGCUGCCUCCUGAGCUGUAGAGUUUCAGCAGAUGAUACAGAGUGUGCUGCACUGCCAAU